AUGAAGUUGCCAGCUUCGACGUAUCCGGCCGAGGAGAUGGCGGCGAAGCCGAACUUCCGACAAGUCGGAACAAAGGCGACAGGCUCCGUUAUGCGUGGAGCAGCAGCGCUCAGGCAACCGCCGCCAGACCCCAGCAUGAAAGUGUCGUCGAUUCCGUCCAAGUACGAGACUGUUUUGCAUCGAGACCCGAAUGAGCGCAAUGGUUUUGGUAAUCGAACGCUACGUUUCGGCGACUGCGAGAACGAGCUCCCGGGGCCCGGUCAGUACUACAAGCAACCAAGUCUCGUAAGAUCCACUGUCGAUUCAGGAUCAGUAUCUCGUUUGGGCUACAGCACGGGAUUUGUGUCCAAGUCGAAGCGAUUUAAUGAACAGGUCAAGCUGGUUGUACCUGGCCCAGGCCAGUACCAGCCAAACAAAGACGAUCGCAAGACGUUGAACAGGAAGCACGGCAUGAGCAGCUUUGUCAACACCCCCAAGCAUAGCAACAAUCAGAGCCCAAACGCAUCCGUCCCAGGCCCAGCAGACUACAACUCGGCGCAGCCAUCGUCAGCAUAUUCGCACAACGUCUCAAAGUCUGUAUUCUCCUCGAAAACAUCUCGAGGUUGGAAUAUUCCUACCGAGCUUCCUGCUCCAGGACAGUACGAGAACCCCAUUCAGCUCGGUAGAUCGCUUCGUGGGAACCGAUCACCCCAUUCAAUAUUCAAAUCGGGCGUCAAGCGACUAGGAUCGGAUGCAACCUUUACUCCCGGCCCUGGAGCGUAUAACGCCGAAGAUGCCGAAAGCGCGCUUCGAUACGACUGGGUUGCUCGAGCCCAUACAAGUGCCGCCUUCCACACUAGCAACACCGAUAGGUUUGGCCGUCUACCGGGAAAAAUUGUGACAGACGGAGAGCUGGGGCCAGGAACGUACGAGGUUCCCACGCUAGUUGACAAACUUUCAGAGAAGCAGGGAUCUGCCAGCGUAUUCAAGUCGAAGACGUCGAGGACGGAAGGGGUAUCAGAAGGGAAAUCAAGAAAGGGCAAUGUACCAGGUCCGGCAUUCUACCACCCUACCAGCCCUGACAAGCGGUCGCACUUACUCAAUGCAAACAAGAAAUGGCUGUAA